AUGAAUGAAAUGAAACAAAAAUGUCGUCUGCAUCGGACUGCUGCAAUAAGUUUGAGCGAAGGAUUAGGGUCUGAAGGAUGGAGGUACUUUGUUUAUGGUAGACAAUGUCCUGUAAGUAAUGGUUUCAUUCACGAUAAAGAAACUAAUCUUUGCAUUAAGAUUUCUGAGCAACAACUCGAAGCUGAUGAAGGAGAACAGUUCUGUACAAAUAAUUCCGCAAAACUUGUUACUCUUGAAACGCCUAACAAGCAAGCUCGUGUAAGUAAUCUUCUUGCAAAGAUGCAAUUUUCGUACAACAAGGACAGUUAUCGAAUCGGAUUGCACUAUAUUGCACCACAAUGGGUCUGGAACAAUGGCGAAGUUUUGAGCUAUAAUAAUUGGGGACAAAAUGAACCAAACUGCAAGUGUGCAUGUGGUGGUGUAAUAGUAUAUGCUCUUGGUUGGUACGAUAAUGGUGAUAACUGCAAGAAGGAAACCGCAUAUUCAGUAUGCGAGAUCGAGAUAAAGAUAAUGUGA